GAAGGAUCCUUUGCAAGACCUAGGUGCCUUUUAUAAAGCAGCCUCCCCCUUUUUUUAAGACCUGCCAGGCACAAGCUUAGAGAAUGAAACAAGGAUUUUACAGCAUUGCAAUGCUCCUCCCAGACACAGGAUAUUCUGAAUCAUGUACAUGCAGUAUUGAAUGGUAGACACUGUAGGGAGAUGCAUGGAACCUUUUAACUACCCACACUUGUAUUUUUUUGGCGUGUGAAGGAAUCAGAACGGUUUUGGCACUGUCAGAUGUGCUUGGAUGUCCUAUCUCAUUCAUACAACCCUGAGUGUUGCUGGAUAUUGUCCUGGCUAAGGUGAAAUAUGAUAAUUCAGUGGAUGUUGUGAAUUGUAGCUUUGCAGAAGAGGCGGCUGCAGCAGGGGUAACAGGAGGUGAAAAUGACCGGGUUGUAUCAGAGAUUUGUGUGAACUGGUGGCAAUCGAGGGGAAAACAGGAGUUUAAUUCAUUUCUCAAGGUUGCAUUUGAUUUUUUAGUUAUUCAUCAUUUCUGUUCUUGGACGAACCUGAGUUGGGAAAUAUACACAUAUAUAUAUAUUCUUGGAUGUAAAAUUGUAUCAUCUGCAAGUUGCCCUGACACCAGUAUUUCACCAUGAGCUCAGUAACUGGAAAUAAAGAGCGGAUUGCAGUUACAUCUAGGAGCAGAAAAUAUGGGGUAAAUGAAGUGUGUUCCCCCACAAAAUCAUCUGCCCCUUUCUCCCCGGAGAGUUGGUACAGAAAAGCAUAUGAAGAAUCCCGCGCUGGUAGCCGUCCUGCUCCAGAAGGAGCAGGUUCCAUCCCAGGUUCAUCAGGGACCCCUUCCCCGGGUUCUGGUACUUCCUCUCCUGGUUCCUUCUCCGGGUCACCUGGACCUGCAUCUCCUGGAAUAGGUAACAGCUCUCCAGGAUCUCUUGGAGGAUCUCCGGGAUUUGGAACAGGUUCACCCGGCUCUGGCAGUGGUGGAGGAUCAUCUCCUGGGUCUGACAGGGGUGUGUGGUGUGAGAACUGUAAUGCACGUUUGGUGGAACUAAAGAGGCAGGCACUGAAAUUGCUGCUGCCUGGACCUCACUCCAGUAAGGAUCCAACACUUACCUCUGGGAUUCAUGAUAAGCUGCAAGUACCAAAUACCAUUCGGAAGGCGUGGAAUGAGAGAGAUAACCGAUGUGACAUAUGUGCCACACACCUAAAUCAGCUUAAGCAGGAAGCCAUCCAGAUGGUGACAUCCCUUGAACAGUCUGCCAACGUUGAGCAUUAUGAAGCUGCCUCACCUGGUUCUCCCCCAGGGCAUUCCAACAUUGCAGCCAUGGUGGGUCCACGGCAUAUGGGAGGCCUUCAACCAAGAGACUGGGUCUAUAUGCCAAACCCCUACACAGCAUCCAGUUUUCCUGGUUUUGUGACCAACAAACAUGUAGGCAAACCCAACAGCUUGGGUCUAGCCAAUGGCCAAGAUAAGAAAAAUGGCUCCCCCUCACACCAAGCCAAAAUCAGUGUUCAGGUGGCCACGAGCCCCAACAAUGGCAACAUUUUAAACUCUGUUGCUAUUCAAGCCCAUCAAUACCUUGAUGGUAGCUGGUCCUUGUCAAGAACUAAUGGGGUCACCCUCUACCCUUAUCAGAUAUCUCAACUAAUAACCGAGACUGGCCGAGAAGGGCUCACUGAAGCAGCACUAAAUCGUUAUAAUGCUGAUAAACCCUCAAUAUACAGUUUCCCAGCAUCUCACAGCACUUAUGUAGCCAGUGAAUCAUCCACCGGCACGUCAGUGGCGGCGUCUUUCUUUGCCAGGGCUGCUCAGAAAUUAAACCUCUCAUCCAAAAAGAAGAAACAGAGAACUACGACUUCCUUAGUUUCUGAGCCACCACUUUUUUCUACCAGCUUUUGUGGGAUUCUCCAGACGUGCCCACCUCCUGCACCUCCAUGUCUGCUAAGAGCUGUAAACAAAGUCAAAGAUACACCAGGUCUUGGAAAGGUGAAAGUAAUGGUGCGAAUAUGUUCCACGCUUGUGGGAGAAUCUACAGACUCCAGUUCUUUCUUGAAGGCUGAUACACGCAAGAAGCAAAUCACUCUAUAUGACCCAUUGUCCUGUGGAGGUCAGAAUCAAAAGAGGGGAAGUCAGAUACCACCUAAGAUGUUUGCAUUUGAUGCUGUGUUCCCUCAGGAUGCUUCACAGGCAGAAGUGUGCGCUGGAACCGUGGCUGAAGUCAUUCAGUCUGUAGUUAAUGGAGCAGAUGGUUGUGUUUUCUGCUUUGGACAUUCAAAGCUUGGAAAGUCAUACACCAUGAUUGGGAAAGAUGACUCUAUGCAGAAUCUGGGCAUCAUUCCUUGUGCUAUUUCAUGGCUGUUUAAGCUGAUUAAUGAACGGAAGGAGAAGACAGGAGCCCGGUUCUCAGUCAGAGUGUCAGCGGUCGAAGUGUGGGGAAAAGAGGAAAACCUGAGAGAUUUGCUGUCAGAAGUGGCUACAGGCAGUCUCCAAGACGGCCAAUCCCCUGGGGUUUAUCUGUGCGAAGAUCCAAUAUGUGGCAUGCAGCUGCAGAAUCAGAGUGAGUUGCGGGCGCCUACUGCUGAGAAAGCGGCCUUCUUCCUGGAUGCAGCCAUUGCCUCAAGAAAAAGCAGUCAACGGGAUUGUGAUGAAGACGAUCACAGGAACUCACACAUGUUGUUUACGUUGCACAUCUAUCAGUACCGUAUGGAGAAGAGCGGGAAAGGAGGAAUGUCAGGAGGACGAAGUCGAUUGCAUCUUAUUGAUUUGGGAAGCUGUGUAAAGGCACUGAGCAAAAACAGAGAUGGAAGCACUGGAAUGUGUCUCUCAUUGUCAGCUCUGGGCAAUGUUAUCCUUGCACUGGUUAAUGGCAGCAAACAUAUCCCAUACAAAGAGAGCAAACUCACAAUGUUACUCAGGGAGUCCCUAGGGAACAUGAACUGCCGCACUACUAUGAUAGCUCACAUUUCGGCUUCUGCUGGCAACUACGCAGAGACAUUAUCCACUAUCCAGAUUGCUUCCCGGGUGUUAAGAAUGAAGAAAAAGAAAACUAAGUAUACUUCAAGUUCAUCUGGAGGCGAGAGUUCCUGUGAAGAGGGGCGAAUGCGCAGACCUACUCAGCUGAGACCUUUUCACUCGAGAAAUGUGGUUGACCCUGACUUUCCUCUUCUCAGCUUGUCCAGCGAUCCAGAUUACUCAUCAAGCAGUGAGCAGUCAUGUGAUACCGUUAUCUAUGUUGGUCCUAAUGGGACAGCUCUCUCAGACAAGGAACUUACAGAUAAUGAGGGGCCACCAGACUUUGUCCCAAUAGUUCCAGUUUUGCAGAAGACAAAGAAUGAAGCAAAACUUGAGGAUGUAAGUGAACCAAUAGUCGGCAAACCAGAGAGAGAUUGUCUGAAAUGCAAUACUUUUGCAGAGCUACAGGAAAGGCUAGACUGUAUUGACGGGAGUGAGGAAACUAAUAGGUUCCCUUUCGAAGAACUACCUGUGCAAUAUGGUGGAGACCAAAGCACCAAAGCAUCAUUACCAGACCAGGUAACAGAACCAUGGAAUAUUACAGAGACAAGUUAUGACGAUAGUAUUACAGAAAAUUUACAAUCUGAAAAGGAAGCCAAGGAUAAUAUGGCUGGAGUAGGCUAUAAAAUACAUAGAAAUCAGUCACCAGUACCUUCUGCCAACACUUCCACCCCUUCCUCACCCAGGAGUGUGACUGGCAGCUCUGGAGCUCAAAAUAGUACUUCACAGUUGUCACAAAAUAAUGCUUUACAGGGUAGCAGAGAAAGCCUUAACAGCUGUGGAUUUGUGGAAGGAAAGCCAAGAGCAAUGGGGUCACCAAGGCUAGGUAUUGCCAGUCUUUCCAAGACUUCUGAGUAUAAACCACCAAACUCUCCUUCUCAAAGAUGUAAAGUUUACACACAAAAAGGAGUUCUACCUUGUCCAGCUCCUCAAAAUUCUGUGCAGAAGGACUCUGAGGAAACUUUGUCACAACCAGAAAUCCGCACACCUCCAGUAGGAAUGAGCCCACAAAUCAUAAAGAGAUCAGUAUCAAGUAGUUUUUCUGAAGAGAAUAUUUGUAUGGUUAAGGAAUCAAAUAAAUCAGCAGACUCCAAAAAAGAGGUUCUUAGUACUACCAUGGUUACAGUACAGCAGCCACUGGAGCUCAACGGAGAGGAUGAGUUAGUUUUCACUCUGGUUGAGGAGUUAACUAUAAGUGGAGUUCUUGACAAUGGGCGUCCAACUAGCAUUAUCAGCUUUAAUAGUGACUGUUCUGUACAGGCUUUAGCUUCUGGGUCCAGACCUGUUAGUAUCAUUAGUAGCAUAAGUGAGGAUCUUGAAAGCUAUUCCAAUAAUGCUCCUGUAUCGGAAGUAAGCAUAACGCAAUUCUUACCCAUUCCUAAGCCUGGAUUGGAUGAAAAAUGUCAGGAGGGUAGCAGCAGACGUUCUUCCAUUAGUUCCUGGCUGAGUGAAAUGAGCACAGGAAGUGAUGGAGAACAAUCAUGUCACAGUUUUAUUGCCCAGGCAUGUUAUGGUCAUGGAGAAGCAAUGGCUGAUCCACCCAUAUCUGAAUUCACAACAACUCUACAGAACAUUAGUGUGAUGUGCUCAAAUAACAGUCAGAAAUUAGGAGUUGACAAAGUACUGAUUCAAUCAGAAAUGGCAGAGGAGAGACAGACCAAUGUAUCACCUAUUAAUGGUUGCAAAAUAUCAACUGUAGGAAAAACUACAGUCACUAUAUCAAACUCGGGUAGCAUGAGUGGUUGUGAAAACUAUAUCCCCAUGAAAACAAACAUUACUGUUUAUCCUUGUCUUACUGUCAGUCCUUUUAAGAUUCAAGAAACUAAAGAAUGCCUACCAGAAGCCAAUAUGUUGGAUCAAGUGUCUACAUCUUUAGAAAAGCAUGACACAGAUGGUAAAAUGGAAAAUAUAUUUGAUGACCCUUGGCUAAAACGAGAAGAUAGUAUAAAAAAGAACAUUGCCAAUUCCACAGACAACCAAAAACCUAACACUAGCAAUGAACAAACUGAUCAUGACCUACAAAGAAAGCAUGUUUCUGAUAGAUUUAGCAGUAGCAGCGGAGAAGGCAGUAUUUCACCACUAUCUGAUAACCUAAAGAGAAUAGUGGAUGGGUGUGAAAUGACAUUAGUUGCAAAGAGCCCAGCCUAUUUAAAUGAAUAUUCUAGAAGAGGCAGCCUCCCUAGGGUUAUAGAGAAGUCGUCCAAGGAGGAAGAACAGGAUAUAUUGACUUAUGAUUCAGAAAUAAACAGCAUGGAUUUUGCUGGUCAACUAUCAUCUAGGUCUACUUUAGAGAGGAGAGUUGCAUCUCCUAAGCAUUGUGUUCUCGCUCGACCCAAAGGAACACCACCUUUGCCUCCAGUUAGGAAAUCAAGCCUAGACCAGCGGAACAGGGCAAGUCCUCAACAUAAUUCUGGUAGUCCUUCAAAACACCCGCUCUCUUCCUUACCUAGUCUUCCAGAUGAGCUUAAUGGUCGGUUGAAUGGAUUCAGUAUGGAUGCCAGAAGUAAUAGCAGCAGCAAACUAUUCAGUGCCAAACUCGAGCAGUUGGCCAGCAGAACCAAUUCACUAGGAAGGUCUAAUGGGAGCCAUUAUGAAUGUCUUUCCUUAGAAAGGGCAGGAAGCCUUUCCUCAGUCAGUUCUAGACUGAUCCUCGGUAAAGACAGCACCCUUCCAAGAUCAGGGAGAAGUCUGAAUCGAAGUGCAAUGUCUUCCCCCACUAAUACUCCACUUUCAGCUGGUGCUUCACCUAAGUCUAGCCCAUCCAAAAUUUCUGCAGUGAGCAAGCUUCUACUUGCCAGCCCUAAAGCUCGUAGCCUUUCAGCAUCUACAACCAAAACCUUAAGCUUCUCUACAAAGUCACUUCCACAGUCUGUGGGGCGAAGUUCAAGUUUGCCACCAAAUGGAAAAAAUAUAUCCUGGUCAACACAAUCUCUGAGCAGGAACAGAGGUUCUGGACUAGUCUCCAAGUUGCCUCUGAGGGCAGUUAAUGGGAGAAUUUCAGAAUUGCUUCAGGGAAAUACAGGUAGUAGGAGCAUACAUUCACGUGGAAAUUCAGACUCUGAUGAACGUAGUGCUCUUCAUGGUGAGGAGAAACCUAUUGUACACACUUUACCUUCUCCUUAUAGCAAAAUCACCCCUCCUCGAAAACCUCAUCGCUGUAGUAGUGGACAUGGCAGUGACAACAGCAGCGUACUCAGUGGUGAACUUCCGCCUGCAAUGGGCAAAACAGCCCUGUUUUACCACAGUGGUGGAAGUAGUGGAUAUGAAAGCAUGAUCAGAGACAGUGAGGCCACAGGAAGUGGCUCCUCAGCUCAGGACUCUAUGAGUGAGAAUAGCAUUUCUGUCAGUGGCAGAUGCCGAAGCCUCAAAUCUUCAAAGAAACGGUCAAAUACAGGCUCACAAAGGAGGAGACUUAUUCCAGCACUGUCUCUAGAUGCAACUUCACCUGUCAGAAAGCAAGCCAACAGCCCUGGAGUGCGCUGGGUGGAUGGUCCGAUGCGCAAUGGGCAGCGAUCUUUGGGAGAACCAUUUGAGAUAAAAGUCUAUGAGAUAGAUGAUGUUGAGAGGCUUCAACGGCGCCGUGGCGGAGAUUGCAAGGAGGUGGUACGAUGUAAUUCAAAAAUGAAAAUUCUGGAGCACCGCCAACAGAGAAUUGCUGAGGUCAGAGCUAAAUAUGAGUGGCUCAUGAAGGAACUGGAGAUCACCAAACAGUAUCUUAUGUUGGAUCCAAACAAGUGGCUCAGUGAAUUUGACAUGGAGCAGACAUUUGAAGUGGACUCGCUUGAGUAUCUGGAAGCUUUAGAAUGUGUAACAGAACGCUUAGAGAAUCGAGUCAACUUCUGUAAAGCGCAUCUAAUGAUGAUCACCUGUUUUGAUAUCACCUCAAGGCGCAGAUAAAGGAUGAGACUUACGUUUCAGUUGAUGGACAGUUAUUUUGGAAUAAACUGAUUUACCCCAAAUGAAAUAUCUCCUUUCCAACAAAACCCAAAGACAGUAGAAUGUGGACAAAAGUUGGACACGGGAUGUUGGAAUGUGAUAAAGAAGGUGAAGAGAAGGGACUGGACGAGAAGAUGUUUUCUGUAGGAAAUAACAUAUUUACAUCCUUCUGUUCGAAAUAAACUAAGAUAAAGAUCAGCAGAGUAAUUCUGCAAAACUGACAAGAGCACUUUGUGAAACUUUAAAGGUUAAACUUGUAUAUAUGGACUGAAGGCAGAAGUAAGCUUUUUUUCCCUACCACUUACUGAUAAGUGAGGUAGGAUGAAUGUAGGUUGGAGAGUGUAAGAAGUACUUUAUGAAGAAGAGGAACCCACAGUGAGACAGAUUAAGUGCCUUUCAAACGUUUAUUAUCCAAACAUUUAUGUUCAUACUAUCUUGUGUACAGAUGGUGCUAGUCACAGUAAAGAAGAAGAAAAACAAACAAGAAAAACACAUUUUAAUGUUUUUUGCAGCUUGUUUUCUCAUGGUGUAUUACCUUAUUUCUGACUUGCUGUUUUAAGUACCAUGUGUUUGUAGCAAUGUUUGUUUCCUGACCAGUGCGGUUUAUGACAAUGCAUUAACUGUCUUUGUUACCAAUGUGUGAUCACUCAAAGCAAACGAAUAGUCUCAUGGUUGGUAGUUGUGAAAACAUUGUUUUUUUUUGUGACAGCUACUGAUUCCGUACAGCUUUUGCAUGCUUGUUUAGGUAUUCAGUAUUACUUGUAAAAUUGACAGACAUCCGUACAGUAUUAAAGAAACAAAAGCUUGCUAGCCUCAUUUUUUCAUAUUUUAUGUCUAUGGAAUCUAUGCAGAGAUUGUGCAGUAUAUUCAGAAUUCUACACUGUUGAAAAAACAUUGCAGUUUUGAACGGUAAACAAAAUACCCAAUUAAAAUGUUUACAGUGCAGUAUCUUACAGUGUAACAUACCCAAAAUCAUGUCCAGCAACCAAAAUCAACCAAGACAGUAACAAUGUCACAUAGAAUGUAAUUUUGCCUGAAAUUAUCAUUUUGAACUUCUCUGCCCUCUGACGUACAUUAAUAAAAUAAAGUAAAUAAUAAUAA